AUGACUACGCUUGAAUUAUUUUUCUUCCAGAGAUUUGAUACCACGAAGGAAAAGGCCAAGAAGAGCGACGAGCCCGACAAGGACAGGAUUCGAAGGUCAAGUUUGAGGUUCGUUUAUUCCGACUCCGGGUCGUUUAUAACUGAGCGACUGGGCGUCUUCACUUCCAGUCAAAGCUCUCGAAAUCAAACAAUUUUAGGCACGAAAUCUUCAAGUUUUGUGCCAGGAAGUUUGGAUCCAACUUCUCAUCAUUUCCAAACAAAUAAUCUCAACUUUCUGGCGCAAAAAUCGAUUUUUUCAAUUUUCAUUUUUUAUAACUAAUUUUUAGAAUCACUAGGAAGCGGAUUUCGAAUUGGGAUUUAUUCAUAAUAUUGUUCGUUUCAGAAUCUCAUCUUGUUCAAAAAACAUUGCUGUGGUGUUCGAAGGCGCAGAAGUAUUUCGCGAAAAAAAAUAACACGAAAAAAUUUCAUCCAAAUAUUCGCCUUUGAACACCCCAGCAAAUGAUUAGACACGCUUUUGAAAAACUUUUUCGAUUUUAUUCAGUUUUUCUGAAGUUUCUAGUCGAGUAUUUCUCUCAAUUUUUUCAAUUCAUUUCAUUUUUAGAACUGUUUUUGAAAAAAAGAAAAAAUCCAAAUCAAACUGUUUUUGAAAAAAGAAAAAAUCCAAAUCGAACGCUGUCUCCAUGUGAUUUCUGUUUUCCAUUUUUCACCUUUAAAUAAAUUGUUUGGCUUUGAGAAUUUGGCUGGAAAAAAAUGACUCAGGGUCGAUUUUUUUGUUUUUUUGCGCGGCGCUUGAGGCGGUGGUCGACCGCGGCUACAAGUAUUCCGUCAAUCGAUCACAUUUUUAUAAAAAUUAAGUUCUUUUUUUUUCCAAGAGUGACUAGGUUAUAAGCUUAUCUUUCAGUUAACUCUCAAAUUUUUCAGGAAGGAUUGAAGGCGCAGGGAGGCAACUUGCUUGAGUAUUCAAAGACAGAAUUGAAUUCAACGCUUUUGUGCCAAAUAUUUCCGACUCCUCCCUGCGUCUUCAAAUAUUUUGGAAAGCUGAGGCCGAUGUCAUAAAAUAUUACUGUAUGUAAAUUGAACUAUGAAUAAAGUCUAGUUUUUUAUAGGGUAUCAUUUUUCAUUUUUAAACAAAUUCGUCUUUUUUUUCAAUAUAUUUACCAACUAUAUACUUCUAGGCGUACGGCCUUCGAGUUUUAGAUUUAUAGUUCAUCCACGACUGGCUUGAGGAACGAAAAUUAAUAAAGUAGGGGGUCUGGAACUACUAAUUUCAAGCUCAUUUAUUUUCUUUUCAAGACCCUUUUGGAAAGUUUGUUGAUCAUUUGGGCAUAGACUCAAGCCAGCCGAGAAUCAUAGUAGCUAUAAGCUAGGAUAUCAAAAGCGUUAGAGUUCGCAUUAUACUAAGGUUAGUAGCAAGUCUCGCAUUUGUCCUCUUAAUAAAUAGUUUUUGAUUUUAAAAAGAAUAGGUUUUAUCGUAGUUUUUUAUUCAUUUCUUUUUCUUUGACAAAAUUUCGGCUUCCUUUUUUGAGUUCACUCUUGUUAAGUUGAUAGAAUAGUUCAGACUGUACGUGUAGAACACUACUUGCUUCAUUUUUUCAUUGAAUCUAUUCAACAACAACAUGUGAUCGAUUGGCGGAACAUUUGCGGCCGUGUGGCUGGGGGCCUUCGAAAAAAGGAUCAUUUUUGCAGAGCUAAAAGCAAAGUCAAAGAGAAGUCUUUGACAAAUGACCGUUUCAGCCAAGAGGCCACUCCAGGAGUUGAACUUGUCAAUUUACAUGUUGGUUGAGCGGAUAGCUAAGGGACACCGGGAAAGCCAUGACAAAAGGACGAUUGCUUUUUCACUUUGAACUUUUGUUGGCCUGUUUGGACUGCAAGUAUCUGAUGAUUUUCUUAUAUGUUUCAUUCCUCGUUUUUGCAGUAGAACUUUCAUGAUUGACCUCGCAAUUUGAUAAUAUUUACAACUUUCUCGAUUCGCAUAAAACUUUCAGUUUUAAAAUAUUGAGGUCCACUUUGAACAUUUUUAACUUCACAAAAUUUCAAAAAUACUUGAUUUUGAUAAGUUGCGAGUUGACCGUUGAAAGUUAAAAAGACUUUUCAAAUUGUUUGGACUUUGAUGAAAAGAUUGAACUUACGCUCUAAUUCAUCUCAAAUUCUGAAAGCUUUCAAUUUGCGGAUUUCAAUUUAAAAAAAAAAGAAUGACACUUCAACUUUAAAAAAUUUCUUUUUUUGGGACUUGCUUUAUGAGAAAAGAAUAAUUGGAAAAAAGAAAGCGUGAUUCAAUCUUUUUAUUGCCGGGAAACACGAACACUUUUCAUUGAACGCUUCGAGAAAAAUGAAUUUGAAACAUUUAUUUAGGGGGCGCAAAGCCCCGCCCCUUCACGCCACCAAAAUGACGAUUUUUUUGUUGCAAAAACGGUUUUGAGGCGUUUAUAUUAGCUAAAGUCCCACUUUGAAAAUUAACUGUUUCUCUUAAUCUAUGUAAUCGACAACGCUCUACAAGACUGAAUAUUUUUUUAAAAACUAUGUAUUUUUCAAAAAUAAGCGAAAAAGUAAGAUUUAACACGAAAAAAACUGACAAGUUUCACAAAAUCGUCGCGUUUCAGAAAACCAAAUGAGGAACGCUUUUAAAUUUUGAGUAUGUUAUAUAUUAACACUUUCUUUAUUUUUUUCGAGGGAAAAAUUUUUAAAAAAAUCUAACGACGCGAAAAAAAAAUCGAAGCUUGUAAAGUGACACCAAACUUUGAAGCUGAAAUGCGAAAAAAUUUCAGCGACAUGGUAUACUUUUUAUUUGAUUUAAAAACUCACAAUGUGUUCAAAAAUAAAAAUUCAGAAUGAAAAUAAUUAUUGGGACAGCGAAUUAAAUUAUAUUUGAAUUUUACCAAAACCACCUUUUUUCGCCUGCCUCGUUGUCGCAUGAGAGAAUAGGAUCGCGUUUAUACUUUUUGAUCAGGUUAUUAAGCGUUCAAAAACUCUAUCAAUAAAAAAAUUAUGAAAAAAAUCUAACGACGCGAAAAAAAUAACGGCUUUGAAAAACCUCGAAAAAAAUGACAACUUUUUUUGAAAUUUUGGAAGAAUUCGUGCAAGCAUUCGUAGCUGUGUUCGCGUCAAACACACCGAUGCGCCAUUUUAAAUGUUGCAGGAGCCGUUUUUUUGGAGUCAAAUUGCACAUUUUCCUGUUUUAUUUCGAAAUAACAUUAUUUUUUUCAUUUUUUUCUUUUUUUCCAAACCAAAUGAUAAUAAUUUUUUUCUGAUUAGAAAAAAAGAAAAAAAUAAGCUGAAAAAUUCCUUCUGACCUUUUUUUUCUAAGUAGUUUUUUUGAUAUUUUAUCAAAAAAAUUCUUAUGAAGAUUGUACAAAAAGAUUCAUACCAAAACAUGAAGCUCAGUUCGGACAACCUCUCAGAACAGAAAAACUGAUUAGAAAAACGGUUCAGAAAUGCGCAAAAAAACAUUUAAAAAGAAAGCGUGCGGCAGCGGGUAAACCGUGAGAUUUUGCCUCCAGUUGUACGCCGCGCGCGCUAGUUUUCUGGCCAUAACUUUUUUCUUAGUGGACCUUUUUUCAAAAACUAAACGGAUUAUGAAAAUGGACAGUCUCCUCUAUCGAACAGUGUGAAAAACAUAUUUUUUGAAUCGUUCUGAAGAAAUGGCUUGCGGACCCUACAUUUAUUCAUCAGACACUUGCAUAUAAAUUAAUCCAACAUGACUUCAUUGAUCAGAAGGACUUGAACUUUUGACAUGGCUUCUUCAGAGGACCUCUGCCCUUCCACUUGGCCUUCAAGUUACUUGGCGAGCUCAGCUCAUGGAAUGGCCUCUUGGCUGACUUUGUCAUUUUGUCAGAAGACUUUUCUUUGGCUUUGUGUGAAGCUUUGCAAGUGAUUCUUUUUUUUUGAAAGCCUCCAGCCUGAGUCGACCAUCGCCUCAAGAGUCGGCAAAGAACAAAGAUCGACUCUGGGUCAUCUGGAGAAGACGCCCAGAAGAGCGAGGUUAUGGACGGUUCGGAGACUAAUGGGGAGGGGGUUUCAGGUCGAGUGAUGUGACGGGAUGGACGCCUGACGACGUCGUACUCCGAAAGUCAGCAUUGACCCGGACACUCUGAAUCAUGAUUUGAAAUAAAGAAUUUUCCUUCCCCUUUUGUACUUGGUUUUGUCCGACAGGGUCGGGGUCGCUGUCGGACGUUUUCUCUCGGUGCUGCCGUUGUCGAUCGGACUCUCCGCCCCCGGCCUCCACAGUUUCCUAUGGAUUCUGAGGCAAGGUCCCCAACUCAGGCCUUAUGGGCCCGAGCCAGAGACCUCGGCCUCAGACUCCACAGGCUGGCUGUGGAGCCCGAGUCGGAGGCCUUGACCUCAGGCUCCAGAGUGCAGUGGAGCCCGAGGCCAAGUCUUUGGUAGGUGGCUCUCGGCUCGGAGAAGAUCCUGUCAAGCAAGGCUUCCUUCUUCUCUCCAAGCUCGUCUGA